AUGGAAAUUAAUGCCUGGAACAAAUCAAACAUUUCUUCGAUUCUUAUGAAGUAUAAAGGAGUUGUCUAUAAACAACCAUUACAAGAAUUCAAUAAAGAAGUUAAUUGGUUACGAGAAGCUUAUACUCAUAAAUGUUCCGAGGUUGGAUAUCUUAGUGGAGUAGCAGAUCGUAUUAAAUGGUUAUAUGACCAAAGCCGUGAACAAAUUACAUCGUUAAAAGUUCAAAAUGAGCAUUUAAAGGAAGAACUAGAAGAGUGUGAGUAUCUUCGUAAAAAGUUGAUUGAGCAAAUUAAUGUUGAACCAAAGGCUACCAAAAAGAACAAUCACCAUCAAUAUCCACCAGUUCAGUUUAGUUUGAUUCAUUUGUAUAAAGAGAAAUUAUUAAAACUUGUGUUUAAUUAUAGCGACAUAAUAAGAUCAACGGAGGUCUAUCUUUUAAACCUCAAGAAAAAUAACAACAAUGGAAAUGAAUAUAAAAAUGAAAGCAAUAAGAAUGAUAAUACGGAAUCAUUAGUUCAUAAAAUUGAAAAAUAA